AUUGAGACGCCAGCCUUACGGAUCCUCCUCGGGGCGCUGUAGCCUGCCUUCUCCGUCGCGGCCUCCAGCAGAGUGUGCGCUCUCCGGGCCGGGGAAAGGCGGAGCACCAUGGUGGAGAAGCGGUGCCCGCGGCUGCAGCGGGACGGUGUGUACCGCUGGUUCUCUGAGCUGCCUUCCCCGCAGCGUGUGGAGUUCCUCUGCGGUCUCCUGGACCUUUGCAUCCCGCUGGAGCUGCGCUUCCUAGGCGCCUGCCUGGAGGACCUGGCCCGCAAGGACUACCACUCCCUACGUGACUCUGAAAUCAAGGCCAACAACCCUGCCGACCUGGGGAGCCUCACCAACCUGACGGACGAGGUGGUACGCAGCAAACUGCUGGUGUCUCUCGCUCUGCUCGGGUCUGCCCACCGAGAGGCGGCCGGGGUCCUCUUCCGUACCCUCACCCACAUCGAUUCGGUCAUCAACAACUAUGGGCUACAACUCAACGAGGGCCGCACAGGGGACGAGUUCCUGUUGCUCUUUACAAUGGCAUCCAACCAUCCUGCUUUCAGCUUCCACCAGAAACAGGUCCUGAGGCAAGAGCUCACCCAGAUCCAGAAUAUCAUGGCCAGCACCAACAAGAAUCCCAGCACCUCUACCCUCGAUGCUAUGCCAACCUAUCCUGGCUGCCAUAAGGUGAGUAUGCUGCUUUUGCACACCACGAUGGCCCUGCUGCAGGGCAGUAGGUUGUGUCUUCAGCUAUGUUUUUAAACCAUUCUUUUAGUACAGGCAUUCUAGUGGUAAAUGGCAGCCUAAGAGACUCGUGGUGACCACUUGCUUGGUUAAUGAUGGGGAUGGUCAAUUGAGGGCAAAAAGAAGGGAUACAUGGCGUUUUUAUGGGCUUGUGAUGUUUAAAUGGGAAGGGGUUCACAAACUGAUCAACGGGCAACAGUGUAAACCUUAACUGCUUCUGGCAGUACAUCUGCUAAGGGGA